AUGGAGGACAAAUUGGAUCUCGUCGACUGGGCGAGCAAACACCUCGAUCCAGUGCUGUUGUCUGGGGAACUGCCCAGCUUAGUGGGGUCACUGCAAGAUGUCCUCUGGAAAAGCGUGGGGCAUCACCUCCAAGAGAGCAAGUACGGUAGCCUUGCCCUGAUGGCAAACGGAUAUGCGUGGAGCAUACCCGCGUCGUUUGCCACGUUGACCUCGGCGAACAUGAAGAUGUGGGUAGACAAGAAGCACAAGGAGGGCGUACCCUUGGUGUUCGACUUUGACGGUCUCCGCUGGGCACACCCCUUCGUGGUCGAACAUAUACGCAUUUUCUGGUACGGAUUAGAGGUCAACAUCGCCAAGCCUCAAAGCUUGCAACAACCUCAAAUCGUGCCAGACAACGCCGCUGAGCUCAGUGUCUCCAUCACUACGCUAAUGGCUCUUAUCUUCCUCUACGAUGCAGCGACACAUCUAGAUGACAGCCUGCUUGAAGCAACCACCUUAAACGCUCUCCAUGGUCGCCUACUUCAUGGAAGCUUUACCGAUCCGGAGUUUAUCGAGGCGGUCGAGGAGGUUUACAAGCGCGAGAAGAAGAACGACGCCACAAAAACACUACACAGUGCUUUCUUGACUGCCGCAGUCAUCCACUUCGAGCGUUUCAUUGUUGGUGCCCAUAGGGCUGACUUUCUUGAUCUGCAAUGCAUGCCGGAUUUUGGGUACAAUCAUUCUUAUGGUCUUUGCUGGUACAUGGGACACUAUGUCGGUCGCAAGGAUGACUAG